AUGCCUCUGAACAAUUUCCACGUUUGGUACGUAAACUCGAAAGAUCCCUGGCGAGAUUCGGUAUACAAUCUAGUAGUCGCCCAGAUGAGUGAAAAUCUGUUGGCUAAAUCUGCUCUACCUACUGAAACAGCACCGGAACCAGACUUGCGACCGAAGAUUUAUUCCGUUCUCCGCUGGGGCGAAGUGGAAAAGCGAAUGCAGAAGAUUCAUGGUGACAUAUAUCAACUGGUUUCACUGACGCGGGUGUCAGAAAUUUUAUCGAUGAACGAGUCGACGUACGUGAGCGACUUCAGCGCACAUGACAGCCGGAAAAUGAAAAGGAGACUCAAAGCACGUAGACAGAAGUCCGUAGGCAAGACGGAGGAGUCGACGAUGAGAUCGCAGAGCAGAGCAGAGGAUCCUUCUCCGAGUUCACCGACGAUCGUGAGCAGAGACACGAGUACCAUCGCUAAUUUUGAAUCGUUGAUCGAGGAACCCUUGAAGCCGCGAUGGAUUCUGCUGCCUACCGACAGUCAGAGAUUUAGGAUCCGCUUCCAGCCUGAGGAGACCGGCCACUACGAGGAGACCUACGCGCUGACUAUCUGGGAUGGCAAUAACACUACCUACGAAGUGAACGUCAGCGGCGUCGCGGAUAUACCUAGACUAGACAUGAACCCAGAAACGAUAUUUCCUAAAACUGCUGUCGCAAAGCUGACCGAGGCCGACAGUUCUUCGUACUUUUACGACAGACAAGUGUACGAUUUCGGGUCGUUAUUGAUUCUACGCAAAGACGUGAGGGCGCACUAUCGGGAGGCCAGGCUAAAGUUUUGCAACGUCUCCAAGGUGGAUGCGGAGGUUCGCUUCUGGCUCGGGGAAAACAGCACCGAGUGCUUUUCCAUCGAGCCCCAGGAGCUCUUUAUCGCUCCGGGUAACUGCGCGACGCUGAUCCUAUCGGCCGUUGCGAACAGGCUUGGAAUUAUCACUGGGAAAUUGUAUUUGUGCGUGAGAAAUAAUCCGAAGGUCGACGUGAUCGAACUGCAAUGCGAGGGCAGCAAGUUGGACAUCGAGCUGGAACCGAAAGAGUUCUCCUUCGACCGCGUUCUUCUCUAUAGAAUGGAAUAUCGAACGCUGACGAUUCGAAACAAAACCCCCGUGUCAUUUUAUUGGAGCUUCGAUCCCGAGGGAGAGGCCGACCGACAGAUAAUGUUCGCUCCAGCCUCCGGACUGAUCGAACUCCGCAGCGAGCAAAACGUCGACAUCAGUUAUCACGCUCUCACCGUCGGCACGACUAAACGAACGGAGGCGAGGUUCAAAGCGUUUCUGGACGAGGACGACCGAGACCCUGUCUUCACGGAUGUCGUGGUACUAUCCGGGGAGACGUACGACGUCGCGGUGGACAUUAAUAACGCGAAUCCCAUCGAUUUGAAAUAUAUAAAAGUGGACUUCCCGACGAGGGCGACGUUCACAAUGAGAAAUCGCGGCAGCUACGAGGUGAAAUAUGUAAUCACGAUGCAGGAUAAUAAGAAAUUGGCCACGUUGAAUCUGCCAGCGCAUUUCAAGAAGAAACUUGAAGUCCAUCCAGCCUCUGGGACCCUUCCACCGAGGAGGGAACAGAUUGUAGAUGUGAUACUGAAACCGAAGAUGGAGAUGACGUUGAAAGGGGCUCCGAUUUUGAAAUGCAAUUUAGUCGACACCCUUAAAGAGACAAUCGUGAUUGCAGAGAUACCACUUAACAUUUCCUUCGUUGCGUAUUACACUAGAUUCCGCGUGUACCCGUUUCCCGUAGUGAACUUCGGAACGCUGGCCGUGUGCAGCGAGAAGACUAUGUAUCUGAACAUUGAGAACACUGGCAAAUUCCCGUUGCAAUAUACCAUUCAGCUUCUGUACAAACAUCCAUCCGUGCUCUAUAUGAGCAAUAGACCGUUGGAUGAGGAUACCGUAAAAAAGAAUGAAUUGGAGAAACACGCGGAGAAGAAGUCGAAGAAAGGGAAGAAGAAAUCCGCCAGGAUGGAUCCGCAGAAGUUGACGCUGGGACCAAUGACGAUAUCAAAGACGGAGGGCGAGGUGGCCGUUGGUCAAACUGAUAGCAUCGACAUCACCUGUUACCCGGAAUUCGUGGGCUCGCAAGAAGAGCAGAUCAUCAUUGUGGUCGAGGACAGCGUGCCGGAAGAUAGGGAGGGGAAAACAAUAACGUUGUCAGUGAAUUCGUCGGUUCCCACGAUCGAUUUCCAUGACCUGGACUUGAUUUUCCAAGAGAAUCACGUGGUCGACCAGAUGCAAGACUUCGAUUGCCCCAAAGAUAUUGGACCACACACGGUGUUUGCCCGGCAAGAGAAGUGUCUCUAUUUCCGGUUCAUCAGCGUGCCUAGUACUCACGUAACGUGCUUCAGAUUGUACAACCAUGGCGUGGUCGCUGCGUCGGUAGAUAUACGGUUCAUACACGAAGCUCUAAUGCCGAGCACAGCGAAGACCAACACUUUUGUCAUAGACCCACUGAGAGAACAGAUACCUCCCAUGAGCCAUAAAGUGUUCACCGUGUCUUUUACUCCACAUAUCAUCGAAACGUUUCAUGGGGCGUUCGAAGUAUCCGUGAUUCUGCCCUCGCAUCUCGGACGGGACCACCUAUUCAUCAAACUAGUAGGAGAAUCUUGCGUGCCGCAAGUGACGAUCACGGAACCGGUCCACGGAGUACGAGAAUGGCCAACUUUGAACUUUCCCCGAACCCUGAUCGACGAGAGCAGCUUCCGAUGCUUCGUCAUGGAAAACGUCGGUUGCAUCAAAGCAAAGGUCAUCGUGGAAAUCGAGGAGGACCUGAGCAACGUGUUCGCUUUCAGCGCAUGCUUGGACACGCAGCCUCUGUUACAAGUUUGGGACGAAUACUGCGACGAACCGCACGACCGAUGCACCGUGGUUCGCUUGGCACCUGGGAACGUGGGUCGCUUCAAAGUAACUUUCUCACCGACACAAGUCGGAAAAGAUUACGGAAAGAUUCGACUACAAAUAGUAGACAAUCCAUACGAGAACUUGAUGAUCAAUCUUGAAGGAGAGUGCUACGUGGAACUGAUCGUUCUCAAAGGUUUACAGCUCGAUGACAGCAAACGGAAACUGUCGGCGAGACAAGAAACGCGUAAAUCGCGAAAAGCUAUGUCCAAGCAAACUUCUUUGGCUUCGGCUACGAGCAGUUCGAUGUAUCCGUUGUCUCUGACCUACGUCCUCGAUUACGAGCUCUGUUUCAUUGGGAAGAUGUACAAAAAGACGUUCAGUGUUAUCAAUAAAUCGACAGACCGGUGGUUCCGUUUUCAAUGGAGCGCGCACCCCCACGUUGUAUUCGAGCCAUCCAUUGGACACAUCAAGUACCUCACGUCCAAGGAGAACGUGGUCACCUUUCUGGCAGGAGAACCUACCAAUCACGAGAACACUCGAAUCGAAUGCCUGAUAUGUGAGAUCACUGUAGAAGAUCCAACGACUGACAUGGCUUGGGACGACAGGCAAACGGAAGUAAAGUGGGAGAAGAUACAUCCCGAUUUAAUGCACGAAAUAAGCGACGUGGAGCUGAUGAAGAAGAAGCUCAUAGCACCGACUAUCGAAGCCAAGCACGAAGUUAUUCCCGGAACGGGAAAGAGCAUUCAACUGCUGUUAUCCGCCACUGUCGCGUAUUCGGAAUACUUGUGUUCCGUCCAGGAGAUUUAUUUCAAAGACACCCUUAUGUUCCAAGUCAGAGAGUACAAGUUCACCCUGUCGAACCCGGGAAUCGUGAACACCGUCUACGCAUGGAAGGUGAACAUGGACGAACAGUAUCCGAAGAGGCAUAUCGGCGACGGUUCGAGCGCGAAUUCCAGGCCGAGAACCGCGGACGAUUACUCGUCCGUGCAGCAGUCGAGGUCGUCCAGAGGAAUUUUCUCCGCAAAAUCCGAGCCGCGUUAUAAAAAUGCCAAGGAGAAUGAGAAAAGCGUGGGUGACAGUACGAACGUCAUGUCGAGACAAUGCACGUCGUUCGCUUCCGAUAGUGUGGAUAUGAAAACAGCCUCGAGCACGAAGAUGUCGGAUCUUUUCAGCAGCACCGCCGGCAUGUCGGAAAGAACCACCGACAGCUGGCUGGAAGGCGACGAUCUGCCAUUCUCGAUUAGCCCCGAGAUAGGAAUUAUACCGCCCGGACAGUCCGUGGAAUCUACAUUGACGUUCUCACCGAAGGAUGUGUUCUAUUACAAGGCAUACCUCACGUGCAAGAUGGAUAAUCUCGACCCGAAACGAGCAACUCUGACGAUUCCCAUCAUGGCUAGAAGUUUGUUGCCCUAUUGUCACUUCGACGUGCAGGAGAGCGACUACGUAACAAGCGGGAGACGGGAUCCGACGCGACCCGGUCCCGUGGGUUACGAGAUAGACGAUCCCACAUUGUGGCAGAACAUCAGGGUAAUCGAAUUUAAAGUGGUCGGCGUUGGCAGGACUCACGUGAAAAGAUUCCAUCUUAUCAAUCCAACGGUGGAUGAUUAUCGCUUCUCGUGGAGGGACCGAACGCCCCGUAAGACCGACGAGAUAUCGAAUUUUCACUGCACGGUAUCGGAGGGCUUUGCUGAACGCGGGAAACGUACCGACUUGGCGUUCACGUUUUUGGCAGAAGACGUGGGCGUCUUCGAAUCCUUCUGGCUCUUCUCCAUCGAGAGAUACAAUCUCGAGUGCCUUUUCUUGGUCGCCGGCGUCGUGACCGAGCCCUCGGUGCACUGCCUCACGGUUCACGUGAAACUGAAGCCAACAAUCUUGGGAUUUAACGUGAAGGACUCGAUAAAACUGUUGAACAACGAGGACUGUCACUUAGAUUUUAAAAUAGUCGAGGAGUCGUUGUACUCCGAGGGUAAAUACCAAAAGCUGAGCGUCACCCCGAUGAGCGGAACUCUCGUUCCGAAGAGCGAGCUGUACCUCUGGGUCGAGUACCAUCCAACCCGGGUCGGCGAAUUCCACUUUUCCAUUCAGUGCGCCGUGAACCUGAUGAAAAGCCCGUUGACGAUCUUUGUGACCGCCUCCGUUUACGACAUCGUGUCCUCGGUCUCGUAUUGCAAGCCGAACGGCGAAGUCGUGCAAGCUUCCGAGGAUAAAGAAAACGUCAUCGACCUGGGCAGGAUAACUCUGGAAAUGCCUGUCGCGAUCAAGUUCGAGCUGACGAACACGGGCAAAGUGUCGUUCUAUUAUACGUGGGACCUGGGUAUGACACCGGAAAUGGAAUGCAAAAAUCUGUACUCUUUGACGAUGCCUCACAGACAGAGCCACUUGGCUAUCGGAGACCGUGCCGUUUGUUCUUUGACACUGACGGCACGUCAGAAAGUCGCUAUAAAAGAUCACUGCGUCCUCCUGCAGAUUUCCAAUGGUCCCGCUUACAAAUUCAUAUUAAAAGCUUGUUCCAAGAGGCCCGGCGUCGACUUCAGCUUUAAUCGCUACGACUUCGGACCUUGUUACGUUCAACAGAACAACGCUGUCUCCUAUUACACGGAUCUGUGUUUAACGAACACCGAGAACGUCCCGUUCGUGAUCGAAUGCGCUUUUGAAGAGCAGCCGCACUUGUCCGUCGACCUCAACUGCAUUUCCGAAGCUUUGGCUCCCCAUUCGACGAUCUCGAUACCUAUAGUUUUCCGACCAUUGAAAGAAACCAAGUAUCGCGACUGUCUGGUAUUCACGAUCAAUUCCACGAACGAGAAGAAAAUAAUGAUUACCGGCGAGGGUAUCGGCUACAGGAUUCUCUCCACUGUUGCUGUGUGCAUUUUGAAUCGUCUUCAGAUCCGUCUGGUGAAUCCUCAUGAGAAGUCGAUCGAUCUGGGCAGCGUGCCCCCCUCGAAGAGCGUGACGAAGAAGAUCCCAGUGGUGAACGAAGGCCUGGCGCCAGUCGAGCUCAAGUUCGAUCUAAUGAAGGACCUCAACGUCUACGAUGAAUAUCGGGAACGUGUCAUUUCCUGCGAAACGAAGCCGGAAGUGAUCGUCGAAAUGGAGAAAGCCUCCAUCAUGGAGACCAAACGUUCGUGGACCGUCGACUGCAAGCUCUACACCAGCGAGCCGACGCUCUCCGAAGUUCUGAAGAUCAAACCGUCGACCAGUAUCACUUUGAAACCGAACAGGAAAAUGAACGUGUUGGUCACGUUCAAGCCUACGUCGAGAAUGAAACCUUUCACGGCGAAAGUGGCUGCCCAAACGGCGUCCACGAUCCUACCGUUGUUCCUGUUACGAGGAAGCUGCGUCGGGGCCGAGUUCAGAUUGAACAGGGCUCACAUACCCUUCGGUACGAUCGUUCAGGGUUGCUCGGAGGAGACUAAAGUGAUUCUGAUGAACACCGGUGACCUGGGCUCGAGAUUUAAAUGGAACACGUCGAAAUUGCCGGGUGAUUUUCAAAUAACUCCCAUGUCUGGCUACUGCUCCGCUGGAAUGGACGUCGGUUUCGUAGUGAAAUUCCAGCCAGUAGAACAGCGGGGCUUAAUUGAGGGUGAGGCGACGAUAGAAAUUGAGAAAUACGAAACGUUGAAAGUGAAGAUUACUGGGGCGUGCAGUAAGCUGCCUCAGCCGAUCGAAACCAUCCGGUUUGAGUGUCUGGUCCGAGAGAAACAUACGCGAUCGGUGGUAGUAAUGAACGAUUCUAAUCUACCAUGGAAGCUGAAACCCCAAGUAACCGGCGAUUACUUCUCCGUCGACGAGAUUCUACAGAUACCCCCGCAGCAAUACGCUCCUUGCAACGUUACUUAUUCGCCCCUCGUUAUGAACACAGAAAACUCUCUGCACACGGGAUUCUUGGUAUUAAAAUCUUUGGACGACAAUCUGUAUUUACUGUAUUUACUAAGUGGUAGAAGCCUGCCUCCGCAGGUCGUAGCUAAAAUUGUUCGCCAAAUCCCAGCGAAAACGAAGUACACGGAGCUGCUGCCAGUUCGUAAUUGGUUGGACACUCAGCAACGAUUCCAUUGCGAGAUACAGUUAUUGAAAGAAGACGAUGACGAAGAGAUUCCCCUGCACAGUUUCGUGGGCAACGAAAGAAUCGACGUACCAGCGAACAGCCAGCGAGACUAUCGCGCAGUGUUCCACUGCUACAAAGAGUGGAACGUCUGUUUCAGGGUGACGUUCUCGAACGAAGAGAAGGAAUAUCAAUUCUACGAGAUAGAGUACGAAGUGACCGAACCUGAAGUGAUCGAAUCGAUCAAAUUGACGACUCCAGCUCGAUCUCAAAUCUGUUAUUCCCUGAAACUGGAGAACCCGCUAGAAGAGCAACCAGUCGUCUACACGCUAGAUUGCGAUUACCCAUUCAUCACGAUUGACCGCAAACAAACAAAACCCAUCCCACCAUUGUCACAACUAUUUGUCGCUAUAGACUACAAUUCACCGCUACCAGCCGAAGAAUCUGUAAUGUUGAACGUCUUUAACGAGAUAUUAGGAGUCUUCCCAUACGAAUUACGAUUGAAAGCCACCCCCGCCCCUCCAGAGAAGGUGACUCGUGUCAGUACGACGUUAGGGAGUUCACACGCUUUCAGUCUUUCAAUCAAAAACCUCAUUGAUAGUAACACGAAAUUCAUGAUCGAGUUGGACAGCGACUCUUUCAUGUGUCCAAAGAGCGUUCAAGUGAAAGGGUUGAGCGACGGGAUAAUCGAAGUAGUCUACGAACCGUGUGACGUAGAAAAUGUUACUGCAACGUUGGUAGCAACGUCGAAGGUUGCUGGACAGUUCAUAUUCCCACUGAUAGGCUCCUGCAGUCUACCGAGACCCAUGGGUCCAUACGUGGUUACUCGAACUUCUUCCACGGUGAUACAAUUUAAGAACGUAUUCAGAGAAGGAAAAACUUUUGACUUCGUCGUGGACGUUCCGGCAUAUUUCACGGUGACCACUCCGACGCCAACGUUAGAAUCUAAACAAAGCAUCGAUGUCGAAAUCGAUAUUCGAGAGGACGAAAUGGACGGUGAAGAAUCCAUGGACGAAAAGUAUCCCGUUACUGGCAAACUAAUAAUCUACUGCACCGAUCCUGUAUUUUCCCACAUAAAAUGGAUAUACUACUUGAGAGGAGUUUUCGAUGAAACGUAAAUCAAUUUUUCUAGCCUUUAGAUAUUGCAACUGUGAAUGUAAUAAAUAUAU